GUCCGUUCUCUCCUCACGGCAACAAUGCCUCGAACUAUGUUCGUCAACCCCUUCAAAAGGCAUACCGCGUCUGAAUUUCCAGGUGUCCAUGUAUCCUUUGAUCAAGCUGCCUAUCAUACCCCCCGUUCUUCACAGGCUUCAACCGUAUCGGGCGGACACGCGAUCACAAGCAAUGACAAGCCGACUGGUGCAUCUGGACCAUCUGGCGGUAACGCAGCGAUUAGCGUCGUGAACCAUGCAUUUGCUAUCGAGAAGUUGAAAGUAGAGAUCGUGGCAGAUGUGGCAGCUUCUGGAACCGACACUCCCUACGACCGCAAAGCAAAGGUCAUCAACAGGGCCCUCCAAGAUAUGGGCAUGGGCAGAUAUCAAUGGGAGCUGUUUGCUUUGUGUGGAGGUGGAUGGAUGGCUGACAAUCUUUGGCUUCAAGGUGUUGCUCUUACACUGCCUCAACUCUCAGCCGAGUUUGGUGUGAGUGAGACCGAUGUCCGCUACACCACCUUGGCGCUCUUUCUCGGUCUCUGCAUUGGGGCUUCCUUUUGGGGUACCUCUGCCGAUGUCGUAGGACGUCGUCUGGCCUUCAACUGCACCCUUUUCUUCGCUGGUACAUUUGGCCUGGCUUCAGGCGGUGCUGCUAGCUGGAUUGGCGCUUCGGCUCUGUACGCUUGCAUUGGUUUGGGUGUCGGCGGCAACCUCCCCAUUGACGGCGCUCUGUUUUUGGAGUUCUUACCCCAGGCAUCUGGCAGUCUUCUUACUCUGCUUUCGGUAUUCUGGCCUGCGGGUAAUCUGAUCGCCUCGCUUCUUGCUUGGGCCCUUAUUCCUAACUUCUCGUGCCCUGGAGACACUCCCCUUGGAGAAUGUACCAGAGCUAAUAACUGGGGAUGGCGCUACUUGAUUCUGGCUCUGGGAGCUAUAACUUUUACCAUGUUCAUGUGUCGCCUCUUCCUGUUUCAUUUGUACGAAUCGCCGAAGUUCCUGCUGUCUCGUGGCCGCCAAGCUGAGGCUGUAGCGACCAUAUACGGGAUUGCACACUACAACAAGACCACAACUUGGCUCACAGAAGACGUGCUCAAUCAAGUUGGCGGUGAUCCGGACGUGACCGGUGAGGAGGUCAAACUCGGUACAGUUCAGAUCGUGAAGCGCUCUCUGGGUAGGUUCUCGUUAAAGCGAUUUCGCUCGCUAUUCCAGGACAAGAAGAUUGCCAUGACAACUGGGCUGCUCUGGUUUCAAUGGUCAACUAUUGGUAUGGCCUAUCCACUCUUCAAUGCCUUUCUCCCGCAGUACCUAGCCAAUACCGGAGGCGGAAUUGAGAACUCCACCAGCAUUGUAUACCGCAACUAUGCCAUCACCGCCAUCGUAGGUGUCCCAGGUUCUGUCAUCGCUUGGUACACAGUCGAGCUCAAAUACCUUGGCCGGAAGGGCACUAUGGCGAUUGCCACAGCCAUCACUGGUGUUUUCGUGUUUCUCUUCACCAUCUCGUCCGACUCCAACUUUCAGCUCGCGUUUACCUGCCUCGAAGCAUUCUUCCAGAACAUCAUGUACGGCGUUCUCUACGCUUACACUCCCGAGGUCUUCCCUGCUCCGAUUCGAGGCACCGGCACUGGGAUGUCUAGCUUCCUCAAUCGCGUUGCUGGACUCUGCGCACCGAUUGUUGCCAUCAACGCUGGAGGCGCCAACCCUAAAGCCCCAAUUUAUGCAUCGGGCGGGUUGUUCAUUGCGGCGUUCGUGAGCAUGCUGCUGCUCCCGAUAGAGACCCGAGGAAGACAGACGUUGUAGAAGGAGUUUGAAGAACACCGACAACUUGUCGAUAGUUUGUGGGUCUCGUACAAUACUUCUGGAGAAGCCCAGG